CUGACAUGUGUUUCCUUAUGUGUGCUCGCAUAUGUGUGCUUGCCUGUGCUCUCCUAUGCGUGUGCUCUUAAUGAGUGUUUUCAUAUGUGCGUUUUCACGUUGCUGUGUUCCUGUUCGGUGUUUGUUUCAGGAUAUCAUACAAUACUUUUUCUGUGUUAUCCCCCACACAUUCUUUUGGUUGGGAUUCUUGCUGCCAAGGUUUGGAGAACAUUCUUACACGCUGUAAUCACUCCUAUCCUCGAUAUCCUUUGCAGGACGUUCUUGCGGCAUUCAAGGGCACAAUGGCAGCCCAGCUGGCUUACAACGGCAGCCUAUUUCCUUUGGGGUUGUACCCACGGGAUCACGCCUUGGGGCUGCGAGCGGUCAAGAGGCUGAGGGAAGGCUUCGCUUUCGUGGGGCUGACAGAGGAGUGGGACUUGUCCAUUUGCUUGUUCCACACCAUGUUUGGUGGGCCUUGCCAUAGCUCGGAGUUUCACAACGCGCGCAAAAGCCAUCACCUGAAGAAUGCAGAUGGUUCUUAUGAUACGUCAGUCUUGCAAGGCUAUCAGGAUGAGAUAGACGGCUUGGUCUAUGCAGAGGCGGUGAGACUUUUUAGACAGAACCUGGCUGUACAUAAUGUAUCGGUGGACUCGUGCCAACCGUGCUUUGCCGAUGCCGGUGUGCAUCCUUAGCCCCGGUUGUCUGCAAAAAGCUGCGUGUUUGUCAACACGCAACUCCCAGCCAUGGCGGGGCUGAGUUCGGUGCAACACCCACCAACUUGCCAAAAAACAACAGGAACUUCACAAACAAAUUGAACAUAUAUAUAUAUAUAUGUAUAUAUAUCGUAUAUAUAUAUAUCGUAUAUAUAUAUAUUUGAACAUUAAACAUUGUAGUUUGUGUUGAAGCAGAGGCACAUGUUCGAGUUGUUUAAGUACUAUUAAAUAUAUAUAUAUAUAAUUUAGACAAUUGUUUCGAAUGAUUUUUGGGAUUGAACUGAAUCAACUAGUAAUUCUGAAGGUUGUUUUUGUACUUAAACUAUAAAGGUGCUAUCAGGGUCUUUGAUUGCAGGGUCUUCGAAUGCCUUGCGGAAGGAUGAUGCAAGAUGUUUACCGCACAGGUGUCAACAUGAACCUCAACGUCGACCGGGUGCCAUUGCGAUGUCUUUCCGCGCAGUGUUCUGUUAGGUUUGGGUGAACAACGUGUGAAACCAAGACCGAUCAUGUGCUAAGCACUGAUAGAUUUUGGCGAUCCGGCGUAUGAGGCUUCAAGAGCUACAAAAUGCAGCAUGUGGAUGCAGCCACCAACAGACAGCAUGGUGUCCUAUUUGAGCAGAGGCAUUUUUAGAUUGAACUACUCGGUUGAACUUCUGUUCUUCAUCGUUUGGAAAUGGCCUUUUGAUUGGGUCCAUCCCGCAAGACAUAACAGAACACGGCUGUUGGCUGUGAAGUGACUGUCUCGCAGUUGAUGAACUGCCCACUGCUCAGAUGUCAAGAGGGGUUUCUUGGGGCUUGGCAAGCCCGGCUUGCAUGAAGAUGCUCUUCUUUUUGAACCAGCUGAGGGCAGAGCUCCCAGCUGAGGAAAAACGCCAGGACAGUUUGCUUCUCUAUCAGGGACAGUUCAAUUGAGGGUAGUCAGCUGAGAACAAAGCCAGAGACGUCAGGGAGAACGUCUUCACGCUGCAUUCUGCGAACUUUGCACCUUCCAACUGUUUCUGUCCAUAGCAUGUGGACCAGGCACAGACCAGCAAGCCUCCCUAAAAUGUCUUUGGAUGAGCUACGCGCGUUUUGUGUGUGAGUUCUCCAGGUCGGUG